CAUAUAUCCCCUCUAUCCGCCACUCGUCUCCCCACCCCUACCUGCUUACCGUACCGACCUCACCCGUUCCUCUGGACGACCUACAAUAACAGAGCCUCCCCCCAAACAGCAUCUUGUUUCCUUGUCUGUCUACUGCGACCAACCACACCAUCGUCGAUACAACAUCUACCAUCACAAGCCGACACUACACCUUACGUAUUCGAUCCUCGACAUCAACCGCCAUAAUGGCCGCCGACCUCAUCAUGCCCACUAUCCCGGGCGACCAGCAAUCCCGUCAUUUCUUCCCUCAGCAGCGCUCUCAGCACAACCAGUCGUAUCAAAUCUCAGUCGGCCCUCAGAUUUCGCCCAUCAACACGCACGAAUCUACAAGCCCCGACUCCAUUUCUUCAAACCCCGCCUCGCCGAGAGCUUAUCAACAAGCGCGUCAAGUCCGCCCCAUGUACAUGCCUGCAGCUCUCCGUCCCAACCUGUUCCCUUCCAAGAAAGCUCAGAACAAGUCUAUGGAUGAUGCCGCUUCCGCUUCGAGCACCGAGUCCGACACCACAUUGCGACGCACCAACAGCAGCAUCAUGAACCUCCCUGGCAUGUCUGUUUUCAACAACCGACUUUCCCGCGUCUCUACCGGCGACAGCACCCGAAGCAGCCUCGACGGCGACUUCGAUCUCGAAAUGUUCCCCGAGGUUACGGCUCUGCCCAGCCGGAAACACUGGAAGCCCGACUCUCAAUCCUCCGUCUGCGACGAUCCGACUUGCAAGCGCACCUUCAGCUACUUUACUCGCCGCCACCACUGCCGAAAGUGUGGCAACAUCUUCUGCGACUUCCACUCAACCUUUGCUGCUCCUCUCGACCAGGACGCUCAGUUCAACCCUCGGGCCCCCCUUUCCCGUACCUGUCGUCACUGCUUCGAGGAGUUUAAGAACUGGUACAGCCGUAACAGCAGCCGAGCUUCCAGCGCCGCUUCUUCGGAUGCCCCCAACCCCGUCAAGUCCACUCCCAUUGCCGCUGGCGGACAGGGUGAUGCCUCCGGGCUUCCCCGAGGACCUGAGGUUGCUGCCAGUGUACCUAGGGAUUGGAACUGGAGCACCUUCUAA